AUGCCCCGUCCUCUGCACAAUACGACUGCCUUGCCUCGCGACCUCCGGUCCGAGCUUGGAAUCCGCGAUAACUACGGAGAAAAGAAGCGUCGCCUCAAUGGGCCCGCCUCACGCAAAGAACGCCGCCAAAAUGAGCGUACGCAGAAGAAGUCUCGACAUGUCGCUCCACACAGCAAGAAAACGUUUGAGCGUCCACUGCAGCGGCCUCAACAAAAGCCUCAGCACCAGGCAAAUGUACACACCAACGGGAAACUCGAUCCUGACUCCGACGAUAUGGACCUCGACGAGGAACCUCGCGCGCAACACACGCAGUCGAAAUCCGGGAAGGAAACUGAAAAGAAACCCAAAUCUAUCUUGAAGAAGGCCACAGUGGAGCAAGAAGAUGUGUCGGCAUCCGAGUCUGACUCUGAGUCCGCUUUUGGCUCAGGAAUCGACCUCAAUGAGGAUGAGGAUGAGGAUGAGGGUGAAGAUGACGAAUCUGACGAGGAUGCCCUCGAUGCUGAAUCAGAAGAAGAUGUUCCAUCUGGGGGUCAUAUACCAGCAUCUGUCAAAUCAAAGCUAGCACAAGACGAUGCCGAAAUCGCUGCGCUAGAGAAGAAGCUUGGCCUCAAGAAAGGAGGCAAAUUACCAAAGGCCUUCGAAGAGGAUGGUCUGGAUGAUCUGCUUGGAGACCUUGGCGGCGGCGGCGGUGAUAUCUCAGAGGAUGAGAGCAAAAAGCGGAAACGAGAAGCCGAUGACUGGUUACGGAGCAAGAGACAGAAGGCGAAGAGCAUGCAGGCACAACAACCUGACAACGAUGAUAGCCAUAGCGCCGAGGACCUUGAUCUUGAUGAAGAGAUUUUCGGUAGUGGUGAUGACGACGAAGCUGUUGAAGGCAGUGACUUUGAUGGCUUCGAUCAGGAAGAGACUAAGGAGCCCAAAAAGAAGGAAAACCCUUAUAUUGCCCCGGUUACGAAGGCCGAGCCAACAGCUCAGAAAUACAUUCCUCCUUCAUUGAGGGCACGCUCCGACCCCGAAAGUGAAUCUCUUACUCGACUCAAGCGCCAGGCCCAAGGACAGCUGAACAAGUUGUCCGAAGCCAAUAUGCUCUCGAUUGUUGCAGAGUUCGAGAAGCUUUACCGCGACUACCCACGCCAGCACGUUACAUCUACCUUGAUUAGCCUGUUGAUGGGCCUCAUUUGUGAGAGGGCAGUUCUCCAAGACACCUUCCUCAUCUUGCAUGCGGGUUUCAUUGCGGCCUUGUACAAACUCCUUGGUAUGGACUUCGGCGCCGAGGUAAUCCAAACGAUUGUCGAGACCUUGGAUGCCGAUGGCGACGAGCGUGGGAAGUUCCAAGGGAAAGAAGCUAUCAAUCUUGUCUCACUCUUGUCGCAACUGUACAACUUCCACGUCAUUGGUUCUUCAUUGAUAUUUGAUUACGUUCGUCUCUAUGUGAAGGACAUCACGGAAACGAAUACCGAACUCUUGCUCAAAGUCAUUCGGAAUUCUGGCCCUCAACUCCGACUAGAUGACCCAUCGUCACUCAAGGAUAUUGUGCUGCUCAUUCAGCCUGCGGUCGCGAAAGUCGGCGAGGACAAACUUUCUGUUCGCACAAAGUUCAUGAUCGACCUCAUCACAGAUUUGAAGAACAACCGCUCGAAGGCCUCGGCUGCAGUUGGUGCAGGCAUCACCACGGAACACAUCACCAAAAUGCGCAAGAUUUUGGGUUCCUUGAACAGCUCUCGUGUCAUUCGUGCAUCAGAACCUAUCAACAUCUCGCGCGAUGAUAUUCACAACUCUUCCAAAAAGGGCAAGUGGUGGUUGGUCGGCGCAAGCUGGAAAGAGGACCCCCUUGUUACCGCACAGCGGGAAAUGUCUAGCACGCAAGAGACGCAAACCCAAGUCGAAGAUGAUGAAAGCGACACUGAGCCUAAUUUUGGAGACCUCGCACGGGCCCACCGCAUGAACACAGACGUCCGACGUUCGAUCUUUGUCGCUAUCAUGUCAGCCAAUGAUUUCCAAGAUGCCCAUGUUCGACUCAUGAAGCUUCGCCUCAAGCGUGCACAAGAGUUCGAAAUUCCCCGUGUCCUCCUACACUGUGCCAUGGAAGAAGAGGCUCACAACCCAUACUACUCUCUGAUCGCGCGCCGACUCUGUGGUGAUAUGGGCCGACGUAUCAAGAUGUCAUUCAUGUUUGCGCUCUGGAACGUCUUCAAGAAGAUGGGCGAACGGGGAGAUAUGGACGAGGACGAGGAUGACAGCUUUGACCCCGACGACGAAGAGAAUGGUGUCAAUAUGAAGUCCGUGGUCAACUUGGCCAAGAUGUUCAGCACUCUCAUUGCAGAUGGCAGCUUGACCUUGGGCAUUUUGAAGAACCUUAACUUUGCAUAUCUGCAGCCCAAGACUACGACAUUUGUGGAAGUCCUGAUCAUCAGUCUCAUUCAGCAAUCCCAAAAGGCCAAGAAGAAGAAGAAGGGUUCCAAGACCGUCACGACAGAUGAGCCUGAGAAAAACGAAGAGGCUUUGAUGCAAAUCUUCCUGCGUGUCAAGGAGACACCACACAUUGCCAAGGGCUUGAUCUAUUUCAUCCGGAAGGUUGUCGCGAAGACUGACAUCGUGUCUUCAGAAGAACUAAAAUUAGUUCGGUGGGGAUGCAAUGUGGCUGCAGAUGCCCUUAAGGCUGUUGCCGACUAA